CGGAUAUGUUUGGGUCGGUUCGGUGCAGCUGGGCCAGGUUCGGGCGCGGAACGGAGCAUUGCCCUGGUCCCGAUCCUCUAUCGUCACCAUGCCGGCCGUUUCCAAGGGAGACGGGAUGCGGGGCCUGGCCGUAUUUAUCUCCGAUAUCCGAAACUGUAAGAGUAAAGAGGCUGAAAUUAAACGAAUUAACAAGGAGUUGGCUAAUAUCCGAUCCAAAUUUAAGGGAGAUAAAGCCUUGGAUGGUUACAGCAAGAAGAAAUAUGUCUGCAAGCUGCUUUUCAUCUUUCUGUUGGGCCAUGACAUCGACUUUGGGCACAUGGAGGCAGUCAACUUGCUCAGCUCCAACAAAUAUACAGAAAAACAAAUUGGCUACCUGUUCAUUUCAGUGCUGGUAAACUCCAAUAGUGAGCUGAUCCGUCUCAUCAACAAUGCUAUCAAGAAUGACCUGGCAAGUCGCAAUCCCACCUUCAUGUGCCUAGCCCUACAUUGCAUUGCCAAUGUUGGCAGCCGUGAGAUGGCUGAGGCCUUUGCUUCCGAGAUCCCUCGAAUCCUGGUGGCUGGUGAUACCAUGGACAGUGUGAAGCAGAGUGCUGCUCUCUGCCUCUUGCGCCUCUACAAAACUUCACCUGAUUUGGUUCCCAUGGGAGAAUGGACAUCACGUGUGGUGCAUCUUCUGAAUGACCAGCACAUGGGUGUGGUAACAGCUGCUGUCAGCCUCAUUGCUUGCCUCUGCAAAAAAAAUCCUGAUGACUUCAAGACAUGUGUCUCUUUGGCAGUAUCCAGGCUCAGCAGGAUUGUCUCUUCAGCCUCCACAGAUCUCCAGGACUACACCUAUUACUUUGUGCCAGCCCCUUGGCUCUCAGUCAAGCUCCUGCGGCUGCUGCAGUGUUACCCUCCCCCAGAAGAUGCAGCAGUGAAAGGACGACUGGUUGAAUGCUUGGAGACUAUCCUCAACAAGGCUCAGGAACCCCCCAAGUCCAAGAAAGUCCAGCACUCCAAUGCCAAGAAUGCUAUCCUUUUUGAAGCCAUCAGUCUCAUCAUUCACUAUGACAGUGAACCCAAUCUGCUGGUACGUGCAUGCAAUCAACUAGGCCAAUUCCUGCAGCAUCGAGAGACCAACCUUAGAUAUCUAGCCUUGGAGAGCAUGUGUACCCUAGCCAGCUCUGAAUUCUCACAUGAGGCUGUCAAGACCCACAUUGAAACAGUCAUCAAUGCUCUAAAGACGGAACGGGAUGUGAGUGUACGCCAGCGAGCUGCCGACCUUCUCUAUGCCAUGUGUGACCGUACAAAUGCCAAGCAAAUAGUCUCGGAGAUGCUUAGCUACCUGGAAACAGCAGAUUACUCAAUUCGUGAAGAGAUUGUACUGAAGGUGGCCAUCUUAGCUGAGAAAUAUGCUGUAGACUAUAGUUGGUAUGUGGAUACCAUCCUUAAUCUGAUCCGCAUUGCUGGUGACUAUGUGAGUGAGGAGGUGUGGUACCGUGUCAUCCAGAUUGUCAUUAACCGGGAUGAUGUGCAAGGAUAUGCAGCUAAGACAGUCUUUGAGGCUCUUCAGGCACCUGCUUGUCAUGAGAACAUGGUGAAAGUUGGAGGCUACAUCCUUGGGGAAUUUGGGAAUCUCAUUGCUGGGGAUCCCCGUUCCAGCCCUUUGGUUCAAUUCAACCUUCUCCACUCCAAAUUCCACCUCUGCAGUGUUUCCACUCGGGCCCUACUUCUCUCUACCUACAUCAAAUUCAUAAAUCUCUUCCCUGAAACAAAGGGCACUAUCCAGGAAGUGCUGCGCUCAGACAGCCAGAUCCGCAAUGCUGAUGUGGAACUGCAGCAACGUGCCGUUGAAUACCUCAAACUCAGUUCUAUUGCCAGCACCGAUGUCCUGGCUACAGUACUGGAAGAGAUGCCACCAUUCCCUGAACGUGAAUCUUCCAUUUUGGCAAAACUGAAGAAAAAAAAGGGUCCCGGGGCUGGCAGCGAGUUAGAAGAUGGCAAAAAGGAUCCGAAUUCUGAAAUCAAUGGAGGCAUGGAGCCCUCAGCCAGCACUGCUUCAACGCCAUCCCCAUCUGCCGACUUGUUAGGUCUCCGAGCCACACCAGCGACUGCAUCUGGUGCACCUGCCAGCACUGGCAACCUUCUAGUGGAUGUUUUCUCUGAUAGCCCAUCUACCACAACUGGCCUGGCCUCUGGUGCAGAAGAGAAUUUCCUAAGUGACUUGGAGGCAACUCCUGAGAAUCCUGCAUCCCUAUUGGUGGAGGCUGACCUGCCUGCAGACUCAGGGGCUGCUGCUUCUGUCUCUGAGGACUCUGCUUUGCCUAUUGCUGAGGCUGAUGAACUGCUUCACAAGUUUGUGUGUAAGAAUAAUGGGGUACUCUUCGAGAACCAGCUGCUGCAAAUUGGGGUGAAGUCAGAAUUCCGGCAGAACUUAGGCCGAAUGUAUCUUUUCUAUGGGAACAAAACAUCCGUCCAGUUCCAGAGUUUCACCCCAACAGUCAGUUAUCCUGGUGACCUGCAGAACCAGCUCAACAUUCAGACGAAAACAGUGGAGCCACUGGUGGAGGGAGGGGCUCAAGUUCAACAGGUCCUGAACAUUGAAUGCCUGAGUGAUUUCACGGAGGCCCCCCUUAUCAACAUCAAAUUCCGCUAUGGCGGGACAUUGCAGAAUCUCACUCUCAAAUUGCCUAUCACUGUCAACAAGUUUUUCCAGGCAACAGAGAUGCAGUCGCAAGACUUUUUCCAGCGCUGGAAACAACUCAGCUUGCCACAACAGGAAGCUCAGAAAAUCUUCAAGGCAAACCACCCCAUGGAUUCAGAAGUGACAAAAGCAAAACUGUUAGGUUUUGGCAGUGCACUCCUGGAGAAGGUGGAUCCAAACCCUGAUAACUACGUAGGAGCUGGAAUCAUCCAGACAAAAGCACUGCAGGUUGGAUGCUUGCUGCGACUGGAACCCAAUGCUCAGGCACAGAUGUACCGGCUGACCCUUCGUACCAGUAAGGAGUCUGUUUCAAAGCACCUUUGUGAGCUGCUUUCCCAGCAGUUCUGAGGCAUCUGCCACAUCAUAGGAAGGGGAGGCCAUUCCUGCAUACUAGAUGCCUCUGUACAUCUCAUCCCAACAUUCUCCAAACCAGGGGCCUCCAGAAAGACUGUACUGCUCCCUGCCUGUUGUUGUGAUAACCUCUGUGUUCUCAUUGCCUAGCCCGGGCCAGCAUCAAGAGGGAUAAGCGAGGGGGGAGCAAAAGUAUGGACCCUUGGUUGGACAAAAUCAAAUUGGGUUAGGGGAGGGAUGAUGGGUAUUGGUGCAGGGCAUUCUUUCAGUAGUAAUCAUCCCCUUGGGCAAAAAGGCAAUUUUUGGAAGAAAGCUAGCUUUCGUCCCAUGCUGUAAACUGGUCCAUCUCAUUUUGGGAUGAGGCUGAAAUCUGUGGUCUUAAUUCUUCACCCAUUACCACUACUUUUAUAUGAUUUAAGCUGGCAUUUUAAUUUUGUUUACAAUAUGUACUUUUAAUUUUUCACCCAUGGACUUUCUCCUUUCUGCUGUGGAAAGGGAUAGCUUCUCUGGCUCCCCUUGAGCUGGCUGGGGGGAAGGAAUAGGAUUGUGUGGGUCUAUGGGGAGGAAGGGGUAUUCUUGUAGGCAGUCGUUUUGUGUUUCUUUGCCUUGUGUGUUUUCCCCAUGGACGGGGAUGUAAAUUCUCCUUUUCCUUUGCUAUGAUCAUUCCAGUGUUACAGUUACGUGUAUUUGUGGGAACGUAAUUUUGACAGCAUCCUGCCUCUUUCUUCAGCUCUAGAAUGAAACUACAUGAAGAUGAUAGGAAAAGAGACAAUUGCUUUCCUCUUCUGCCUCCCCUCACCAUCUUUUCAAUUCCCAGGAAGAAGUGCCUCAAGCAGGUACAAGAGUUUGGGAGAUGGACUCCGGAAUGCUGCCCUCCAUGCAUUUUGGAAAAGAGGGGAAGGGUUCAGAUCAUGCUAGUUUGGGGGUGUCCCAGCUUCCCAUGCUGGCCCGGGCUCCAUGUUACUCUGCUGUGUAGGUGUUAACUAGCGCAUCUUAGUUUAUCUGGGUUUUGAAUGCCUGUAUCUAUCUCCAUGUGACUCUAAUAAAACCGUGAGAGUGGGGGAGAGCCAGAAUCAAGCCAGGCUGGGUCCACCCCACACCGCUGA